AUGAACUGUAUCGGUCUCUCUCGCUCCCUCUCGCUUUCUCUUGCUCACCGUCUCUCUGUCCUCUUCGCGCUCUCUCUCUCUUGCUUUCAACUUGGUCGCUCUUUCUCAGCUCUGGUUGGAACUCCAAUUUCUACUGUUGAUAUAGCAGAGAAGGGGCUGAAGGUAUCCGUUAAGGCAUUUACAGUAAAACGAAGCCAAUACUUAAAAGGAAAAGCGAAAGCCCCAAUCAUCAUGGAGAAUGGUGAAAUUCCCGAAAAUGCCAAUGAACGUCCUCAGUCCGAUUCUGCUGGAAAAUCUGAUGCAUGCGAAGGAUGCCCAAAUCAACAAAUUUGUGCUACUGCUCCAAAGGGGCCUGACCCAGACGUGGUUGCAAUUGCAGAAAGGAUGGCCACUGUAAAGCAUAAGAUACUGGUUUUAUCAGGAAAAGGUGGAGUUGGCAAGAGCACAUUCUCUGCCCAACUUGCAUUUGCACUAGCUGCUAUGGACUUCCAGGUGGGUCUUCUUGACAUUGACAUUUGUGGCCCGAGCAUCCCGAAGAUGCUUGGCCUAGAAGGCCAAGAAAUCCACCAGAGCAACCUUGGCUGGUCUCCUGUCUAUGUUGAGUCCAACCUUGGGGUCAUGUCAAUUGGGUUCAUGCUUCCAGAACCUGAUGAAGCUGUUAUAUGGAGGGGACCGCGCAAAAAUGCGCUCAUUAAGCAAUUCUUGAAGGAUGUUUAUUGGGGUGAGCUUGAUUUUCUAGUAGUUGAUGCUCCUCCUGGGACCUCAGAUGAGCACAUUUCAAUUGUUCAAUACCUCGAUGCUGGUUCAAUAGAUGGUGCAAUCAUAGUCACCACUCCACAACAGGUCUCCCUGAUUGAUGUUCGGAAAGAAGUAAGUUUCUGCAAGAAAGUUGGGGUUCAGGUCCUUGGGAUUGUUGAGAACAUGAGUGGCUUGUGCCAGCCAGUGAUGGAUUUCAAAUUUUUGAGGAUGACAGAGACCGGUGAGCAAAUAGACGUCACAGAAUGGGCAAGGGAGCAUCUGAAAGAGAGAGCACCAGAAUUUUUAAACAUAAUAGCUUGCACUGAAGUGUUUGAUAGUAGCGGUGGUGGAGCUGAAAGAAUGUGCAGGGAAAUGGGGGUGCCCUUUCUGGGGAAGGUACCAUUGGACCCCCAGCUUUGCAAGGCAGCUGAAGAAGGUAGAUCUUGUUUUGUUGAUCAGAAGUGCGGGGUGAGUGCACCUGCACUGAAGAAAAUCAUAGAUAAAAUGAUGGAAAAUCAGGGAUUAUCUAGAAUGUUGGUAGACAACGAUGCAUAG